AUGGGCGUCGACACCGCCCCGCUCGUGGCCAUGCCGCCAAUGUCGUGGGCUCACCAGCCAGCAUUUCGAACCAAGGGCGAGCUGUUGCAGGGGCGACGGAAAGAAAAUCUGCGCGUGGCAUCCAAGUUUUCCACCGAACAUGGGGGGACCAAGGCCAAAAGCAACGGCCGGCGCUAUGUCAUGAGUGGCGCCAUGCACCCACGUCCGCAUAUUUCUACGCUAGAGCGUGGACAGGUGGACCACAUCGUGUUCGACGACGACGAGGACCGAACGCCGACCAAGACGAGGUCCGAGUUGCAUCACAGCAGGCGGGAAGCCGACUUGAGGCAGCUCCAGUCGGUGUAUCGCAGCGCAGGCAGUGGGGAACCCCAGCAAACCUCUCCCCCGUUAGAGUCGAUAAAAAUGUCCAAAGCAGACAAGGCGCAGCGAUUGAAAGACCGCGCCGGUCGCACGCGCACCAACAUCCAAGCCGAACGCGCUCAGGAAAGAGUAAGCAUCAAUCAGAUUUACCAAGCGCUGCUGGCACAAGCUCCAGUUGUCGUCGAAGCCCAAGCGAGGACGGCCGCGAUCGAGUGGUGGAAGAGGGAGCCUGGCUAUGUUGAGGACCCGUCAGGGAUGGUCGCAGCGUCGCAUCGCGUGCGCAAAAGCACUAGCCACGAACUCAAGUUUGACGGAAGCAAGACCAGGACAGUGACGGUUGAGGAGCUGCUGGAGAAGCGAGCCAAGUGUAGCCAAAUUCCAGGCAAAAUCACGCAGACGACAUUUCGGCCGUCCACAGCCGGCGCGCGCGUGCCACACAACGUCAAGUGGACCAACGCGAUCAUUCAGUUUUCCAGAACACCGACCGAAAACGCCGAGCUCAUGGACAAAUACGACUUAAAGUUCAAAGGGCCACUGGACAGUAGCUUCACCAAAGACAAGCUGUUCCGCGAAGACCGGAUCAAGGGCUUGCCACAACGUGUGCCGACUCCCCCGGUCAAUCCACAUGCUAUCGACAGAUCUGCGAAAGCCACAAACAAACUGUUGGCGGACUGUGCGUCGAAACGACUGGCGUUGAACGCGCGAAAGGCGGCGCGAGGCUCGUCCAGUGCCCGCGUGGAGGCCCAAGUGCUACAGCCCACGUAUUCGAAAGCAGUCACGUCGGCACCUGCGUCCACGGUACGCGCGAGCGGCUUUGACCACAUCGACGUGGAUCGGAUAUUGCACUGGAACGCGAAUGCGUCCGUGGACUUGGCAAUCAAAAAACAUGGCUUAAGUUAA